GUUUACACUUCAUGAAAUAAAGUACAGUUUUUUUCUGAAAUCUUUAUAAAAACAAACUUGAGCGGUUGCAGUCGUUGUUGAAGAAACUCGUUAAAGAGGUAGCUGAAGAGAAAUCAAUAUCACACAGAGUGAGAAGCCUUGUGAUACGCUUGCUACGCAUACUGUUUUGUUGGUCUAGUUUGUUCUGUCACGGAUCGUAACUGUCAAGCAGGUGGUGACCUUUUGCUCUCAAAUCACUGUUUCAAUAACAAGUGCAAAGAAGAAGAGACCUUAUUAUUCAAGCGCUACAAAGGGGACCGAGAUGCUGGAACCGCAGAUAGAGCAGGCUCAACAGCUUCCACAGUUGAAAGAGAAGAAAGUGCAGGAAGAGAUAACCAUACCCACAUCAACAUCAUUAGAACUUCAUAAAAAUACAGCAUCAUCUCCUUCUACACCAUUAUCAAGAGUCGUUACAACUACUGAUGAUUCAAUAAUAUUCACUAACCCAAGUUCAGGUGAAAGUGAAAACACUACAACAUCUCACAGCAACAACAUUCCAAAUGGACAAAACCUUGCUAUAGACUCAACAGAAACUCAAACACAACUUAAUAUACUUGGAAAUGACAAUGGAUCAGAUGGUGAAUUGGAAAACUUUUAUCCUGCUUCUGAAAAUCCUCAACAAAUACAGAAUAAUUACGAAGCGGAUGAGAUUAAUGCAAAUGAAAGCUCCAAACUAUUACCUCCACAAGAUCAAAAUCCAUCAGUGAAUAGCUUUCAUGAUCAGCUGAAUUCUUUUUCAUUUGGAAAUCGACCAGCUUCCUUUCAUGAAAAUGGAUCAUAUAUACAAGAUGAUGAUGAUGAGCAAGUGUUGUUGAAUACCAACGUGAGAAGAGGUAGAGGUUCAAGGGCAACAGGAGUCGAACCUAUAGAUCCAAGCUCUAUUAGAAAUAGAAACUCUACAUUCACUGCAAAUUCAAAGAACCAGAAUGCUGAUAGUGCUACAAUGGAGAUUGAAAGAAUGAGAAACUCAAUUUUAUUGAAGAGGGAAAAUAAAAAGAGACAGAAAACUGUGCUAGAUGAUGAUAAAGUAUUGGUUGGAAAUAAAGUUGGUGAAGGUCAUGUGAAUUACGUUAUUGCCUACAACAUGUUGACUGGUAUACGUGUGGCAGUUUCCAGAUGCUCAGGUAUAAUGCAACCUAUAACAGAUCAAGAUUUUAGAUCAAGCAAAAAAUUGGUAUUUGAUGUUUCUGGUAAUGAAUUAACACCUUCUUCCAAAUAUGAUUUUAAAUUCAAAGAUUAUUGUCCAACAGUUUUUCGUGAAUUGAGAAUGUUUUUCGGUUUAGAUCCCGCUGACUAUCUUGUUUCAUUAACAUCAAAAUAUAUUCUAUCGGAACUAAAUUCUCCAGGUAAGAGUGGAUCAUUUUUUUAUUUCUCAAGAGAUUAUCGUUUCAUUAUCAAAACAAUACAUCCAGCUGAACAUCGUCACUUGAGAAGAAUUUUGAAAGAUUACUAUAACCAUGUCAAAAAUAAUCCAAAUACAUUGAUAAGUCAGUUUUAUGGACUGCAUAGAGUUAAAAUGCCAAUCAAUUAUGAGAAUUUGAAAAGAAGAAAAAUAUACUUUAUCGUGAUGAAUAAUUUAUUCCCACCACACAGAGAUAUUCAUAGAACUUAUGAUUUGAAAGGUUCCACUUUGGGGAGAUUCACACCAAAUGAUUACCCAGCACAUCGUGUUUUAAAAGAUUUGAACUGGAUUCAAAAUCAAGAAACUAUCAAUUUUGGCCCAGUAAGGCAUAAACUGUUCAUUGACCAAUUGAAUAGAGAUGUUAAAUUAUUGAUAAAACUGAACAUUAUGGAUUAUUCAUUUUUAAUUGGGUUCCAUGACUUGAAGAAAGGGAAUAAAGAAGAAAUUUUACAACAAAAAAAAUUAUCUAUUUUUUCUCCAGCUUCAUCCAAUCUAGAGGAUCUUAGAAAGACAAAUCCAAAACUGUUGAACAGAUAUAAUGAUUUACCAUCUAUCGAUUUCAAGAACGGGAACAUCUUUUAUUCUAAUAAUGGUGGAGUUGGCUCUACGGAUGCAAAUGAUGAAGAAGGUGAAUUCAUUUAUUACUUGGGUAUAAUUGACUGUUUGACUAAUUAUUCAAUCAUAAAGAGAUUGGAGACUUUUUGGAGAUCUUUAACUAAUGAUAGAAAAAUCAUCAGUGCAGUUCCACCAAGAGAGUAUGGUGAAAGAUUUUUAAAGUUCAUUACACAUUCAGUUAAUGAAAAUACUCUUGAGAAAAAAGAUUGAGCUAAUGAUUUACCACAAAGUUGAUCUUUUUACUUUUUAUAUUCAUGAGAUUGAUUUACGUUUUGUUUAUUCUUGGUAUGGUUAUAUUAUGGCGUUCUUUCCCUUUCAUCACCGCUUCCAGUUAUCUGGGUUUGCCUGUGAUUGUUUCUUAUCCAUUUCACUAUUUGCAUAUUGUUAUCAGAUUUGUUGAAUCUAAGGGACUAUUAUAAUUUCUUACAAGUGGUACUAGAAGUUUAAUUAAAAGAUGUAUGACCUGAUUGUGUAUUAUAUAUCACAGUUUUAUGAACAGGUUGAUUUAUGAUUUGACAAUUGUUAUACUAUGUAGAUCCACACUCGGUUAAAUGAAAACCAUCACGGUUAAUUAAAUUCUCGCUACUUUUAAAAAACAUACAAUUAAAAUAACAUCGACCACUCACCAACCUACCAAUCACGACCCACUACUACAUUCAGUUACUGUAA